CCAUCAUCAUGGAGCAGAGAGGAGGACGGACACGAGCCCAGCUCCUGCCUCUUCUGCUGGUGUCCAGUAUGUGUUUUGUGAGUGCCGAAUACUCAAGUUGUGGAGAAAAUGAAUUUUACAAUUACACAAUCAGCAGCUGCCAGCCCUGCCCACAGUGUCAGCCGGGACAAGAGCCAUACAUGAACUGUGGUUACGGCACUAAAGAUGAGGACUACAGCUGCGUGGUGUGUCCGGCCGGGAAGUUCUCCAAAGGCAAGUACGAGAUCUGUCGGAGGCACAAAGACUGCGACUCUCUGUACCGCGCCACGGUCCUGACGCCGGGGACUCUGGAGAGCGACGCCGAGUGUGGAGCGUGUUUACCGGGGUACUACAUCCAGGAGAACCGUCCUCGUAACAUCUACGGCAUGGUGUGUCACUCGUGUCAGAACGCUCCCCGAAACACCAGAGAGUGCAUGCAGUCGACGCUGUCCUCGGGUCGAGCCCCCAGUGUGUCCUCCAGCAGCACCACCAUGAUCCCUCACGCAGAGAAAGAUCCAGCAGGACAAGGUCACCUAGCAACGGCCCUCAUCAUCGCCAUGUCAACCAUCUUCAUCAUGGCCAUCGCUAUAGUGAUGAUCAUCAUGUUCUACAUCCUGAAGACCAAACCCAGCGGACAAGCAUGCUGCUCUGGACAAAUAAUAAAAACCGUGGAGGUCCAGACGAACAAGCAGGAGGAGAAGAAGGAGGUUCAAGAAAACGUGGUGAUCUUUGCAGAAAAGGAUGAGUUUGAUAAGCUCAAGCCUUCAUCUCCAAAAACAGUGAAGAGUGAGAACGACGCGUCGUCGGAGAACGAGCAGCUCUUGAGUCGCAGCAUGGACAGUGAUGAAGAAGCAGCUCAGGACAAACAGGGAACCGCUGACCUCUGUCUUCUGUCUCUGGUGCAUCUGACACGGGACAAGACCUGCUCCACCAACAACACCAACACCAAUAACACCAUCAACACCAGCAGCAGCAGAGCCACCGGGAUUCACAGCAGGAGGAAGAAGAUCCUGGAUCUGUACACCAAGGCCUGCAGUGUGGCAGAAGGUCUGAGUCCCACCGAGCUCCCCUUCGACUGUCUGGAGCGCAGCAGCCGGAUGCUCAGCGCCACCUACAGCACAGACAAGGCAGUGGUGAAGACCUGGAGACACCUGGCCGAGAGCUUCGGCCUGAAGCGUGACGAGAUCGGAGGAAUGACGGACGGCAUGCAGCUGUUCGACCGCAUCAGUACAGCGGGAUACAGCAUCCCUGACCUGCUGACCCGUCUGGUGCAGAUCGAGCGACUGGACGCCGUCGAGACCCUCUGCUUCGACAUCCUGGGCCCCGAGAACAGCGUCCCCCCGUCCAGCCACCAUCCCAAUCUGAGCUCGCGCUGCGCCAGCGUCUGACAGACCCAUCCAGACCUCGUCUCUGGAACACAUGCGGCGCAGAAACUGCUCUAAACAAGACUUAACACACACACACACACACACACACACUUCCGUGAGCUCGGAUAUAGCGCACUAAUUUUGUACUUAAUAUACCCAGACCGUCUGAGAGAAUGAGUUCACAGGCUAAUAUAAUAAUAAUAUAACCAUGAUUAUAAGCUGAUCCCUUGUAACGCAAGCCUCGUUCAGACUCUCAGCUCAGAUCUGGUUUGAUGCGUGUCAGGACUCAAUCUGAUCUGAAUAUCUUACUGUCAGUAUAACUGUUCAAAUCUGAUUUGUGUGUUCAUUAGCACACUGUUUUAGGGAAUGUGUGUUGGUUUCGAUGGGAACACCGUUGCGUGGUUAUGUCUGUGUUAAAAACAGCAAUACAGUUUCAAUGCAGAUGUUGUUUUACGACAUGACAAACGAUGAUAUUCAUGUUAUGAGGCUUCGGCAGAAACACAGGAAUCUGGAAUGUGUGAAUAUAUUCAAACUCGUUUCUAAAAAAAAUCAGAAAAGAAUCCGAUCUGCCCAUAUAUUUUUAGUAUAUUAAAUACAAAAUUAGUGCGCACAAACAGAGCACUUGAAUACAUGAUGAAAUUGUGGUUUUCUCUGACCUCCCGAUCAUCUCUCACAGAAAACACUUUCAGAUGUGAAAUCUGUGAAGCACUGAUGAUCUUUUUCACAGGAUUCUUCUCUGUGGCUUCUAAACGACUCCUAAUUAACGUCAUUAACAGAAAAGAUCAGCAGUCAUCGUCUGAAUCCUUUCAUUUAGAAGAGAGAACAUCUCUCAGGACAGAUGGAGGAAUCAUUUCAACAGACUCUUAAACUGAGAUCUUAAGUGCGGUCAGGGUCGUGUUUUAUUCUCAGUGUUUCGUUCCUGCAGUUUUCCUGAAGCAUCUCACAGACUGAGUUCAUGUUCGUUAAACGCUCUAAACGAAGCUAGCUGACAAACACAUCUGUUUCAAGGCAAGACGCUCAGGGAGAACGAGUCAAUAUUACUACAGCUCACCAGCUUCACCACAGUGCAGUCAAACUCAAGCUUUCUGAACACUCAUCUUUAAAUAUGCAUUCGU